AUAACAGCUUGCAUUUCUGCUGAUGCAAGCGCUUAUGCUGGACGCAUUCUUUAUUUGAUUGUUUGUCUGGUUUAUACCACGUAAAAUCCUUUGUUUUGUCCUGCGCUUUUGGCCGCAUUCCUGAUGUCGCUGUAGCAGCGGCACCAGCAAAUCAUUCAUUCCCCAUCUCUGUUGAUACUAUUCUUUACAUGUAUCUUGUGAUAAGGAAAACAAGAAACAACAACAGAAUUGAGCCGAGCCGGCUCAGCUCAACAGAGAGCAGAUGCUUCCAUCCUCUCCUCCGGCCGCGGCGGCCUACACCGCGGCGCAGCUGAAGCAGAUGAGGGCACAGUGCAUCGUCUUCCUCGCCUUCAAGAACCAGCAGCAGCCCAGGAAGUUGCACCUGGAGAUCGCUCUCGAUGGAUGCGUCCCUCCAGGACACGGCGAAGGCGACGGCGAGACGAGCUCGAGUUCUCAGGCCUCGUACUCCUAUGCCGUGGAGCUGCCGCCGCCGCACCUUCUGCCCAUCUCUGAGCUGCGGCUGUCGCCUCGCGGCCACCGCCGUCCACGGAGGAGGGGAGUCAGCCCUCGCCACGAGGACCAUGCGCCGGCACCACAUGACGAGUAGUUGAAGGCUUGUGUGUGUUCUUUCUUCUCUGAUCUGAUGAUCAGCUGGACAGUCAGUGAUCUUCUUGCUCUAAAUCAUGUCUGAAUGAGCCCCCUCUUGUCUGGGUGUCUGUUUUCGUCGGACGAUAUCGUUCUUGUCUUUUCGAGCUCCAGCUCAGUUGACCUGUUAACAGAUGAGAGUUGAGAUGAUCA